AUGUCAAAACUUAAUGUAAAGCCAAAACCUGUGGGCACUUCGCCUACCACUCGUACUUCUACACCCCCUCCUACCCCCUCUCCUACGCUCACUCCUAAUACACCCACACCCGCAAGCCUUCCCCCUAAUGAUAAUCGGGUGAAUCAGUCGCCGGCGUCCAAAUCAAUUUCAAUCUCAUGGCACGCUAUACGAGUAUUAAGUCGAGUGUCCAAAAGGUUUUACGAUUGCCGUAAGACUCAGGAGGAGCCCAUAGAUAUCUUGAAGAAUGUUUCGGGAGAAGCAAAGGCGGGCCAACUGUUGGCAAUAAUGGGCUCGAGUGGGGCUGGGAAGACAACUCUACUGAAUGUGUUGAACGCAAGGAAUUUGUCUAAAUUGACGGUCAAAGGCACCGUUCGUCUCAAUGGACAGGUAGUUGACGCCAAUGCCAUCACUGUGGUGUCAGCCUAUGUUCAACAACAGGAUCUGUUCGUACCAUUGCUUACAGUUAGGGAACACCUUAAGUUUCAUUCAUUAUUGCGAAUGAAUCCAAAUUUGACUAAAAAGGAGAGACAGGAUCGAGUGAAUCAAGUCAUACUUGAGUUCAGUUUAACUAAAUGUGCGGACACUCGGAUCGGAAGCAGUACUACAUUUAAGGGCAUAUCUGGGGGUGAAUCCAAACGACUGGCCUUUGCAUCGGAGAUAUUGACAAACCCGUCGAUAAUUGAUGAGCCGACCAGUGGUUUGGACUCAUUUAUGGCCGAAAACAUAGUUCAAGUGCUGAAGUCUAUGGCAUCGAAGAGUCGCACCGUUAUCUGUACUAUACAUCAGCCCUCGUCUCAAGUAUUUAAACUCUUUGAGCAGUUAUUAUUAUUGGCCGACGGAAGGGUAGCCUACAUGGGAAAGACUGAUGAAGCCAUGAAUUACUUCUCAUCACUUGGAUAUCAAUGCCCUAAGAAUUUCAACCCGGCUGACUUCUUUAUCGAACAAUUAGCUGUAAUUCCCGGCAAAGAGAUUGACUGUAAAAUCAAAAUGAAUAAUAUUUGCGACAAUUAUACGACCUCUCAAUUCGCCAGACAUAUGAUAUCCAAAGAGGAGUUGGCCACCAAUGACACCGGUCUCGACACUUUUGAGGGACGCAAACUGUUAACAGAUGUGGUACUCGAUCACUACAUAUACAAGACCUCCUGCUGUCGACAAUUACAGACAGUCUUCUGGCGCUCAAUGCUUGUCAUGAUUAGGGAACCGUCGGUGACUCGCGUGCGACUCAUACAGACAGUGAUAAUUGCGAUGAUGUUAGGGAUAGUCUAUUGGCAGCAGGAGUUGAACCAGAAGUCCAUAAUGAAUAUAAACGGCGCUCUGUUUCUGUUGAUCACAAGCAUGUCUUUCCAGAACACUAUGGCUGUCAUCAAUACUUUCUGUGCGGAACAGCCUAUAUUUCAUAGGGAGCACCACAACGCUAUGUAUAGAGUGGACGUGUAUUUCAUAUCUAAAUCAAUAGCCGAUCUCCCAAUAUUUGCAUUGAUUCCCACUGUGUUUGUGUUAAUUUACUACUAUAUGGUGGGCUUUAACCCGAAAUUCACUGCAUUCCUGAUGGCUAUACUCAUCGCUAUUCUCAUAACACAGUGUUCAGUCUCUUUCGGUUAUUUCAUGUCAUGUGUGACCUCAGAGGCAACUAUGGCCCUGUCCAUUGGUCCGCCACUACUUAUGCCAAUCGUAUUAUUUGGCGGAUUCUUCAUGAAUGAGAGUACAAUACCGGCGGUGUUUGCCUGGAUGAAAUAUAUUUCGUGGUUUUACUACGGCUUCGAGUCGUUGAUUAUUAAUCAGUGGAAGGACUUAAAACUGGAGGACUGUCCCACCGGUGCUAAUGUCACCACAAGGCAACUGGUGUCCGGCCAUUGCAUAGCUAGUGGUAAACAAGUGAUUACAGAAGUGUUUAAUUUCGACGAAAAGCAUUUGAUUAGAAAUAUAUUUCUAUUAAUACUACUAUCAAGUGUGCUCCGGGUCAUGGCAUUCAUUGCCUUAUUUGUGAGGUCCAGACAGAGAUAA